UUUCGCGAAACGGAAAGUUUAUUGGUGAUCCGACUGGUGUCAGUAUUUUCUAUGUUGCUCCAAAGGGACUUUAUAAGAUUCUAGUUUACAUGAAGAAAUAUUACAACAAUCCACCUGUUUACGUCACAGAGUGUGGAAUGGGUGAGUCCAAUAUUGAUGAUGUUGCAAGAGGUACCAAUGAUGUUCAGAGAGUUGAUUUCUACAAACGCCAUAUUACGGCUCUUCAUAGGUCUUUUAGGGAGGGAGUAAAUGUUAAGGCGUUUUUUGCAUGGUCAUUUUUCGACAAUUUUGAAUGGGGUUCAGGAUACACGCAGAGAUUUGGCAUCAAUUUCAUAGAUUACAAGAAUAACCUAAAAAGAUACCCGAAACGUUCUGCUCUUUGGAUGAAGAGAUUCCUUCUCAAGUAAAAGUUAUCAAUAUGAUCAUGAUGCAUGAGUACGUGUUGUUUAAUUAUAUCAAAUAUUGUAGAACUUAAGUGCUAUCGGCCUUGAAUUCAUUAUUAUCUAUUUGUUGAGCAUUAUUCAUGGAAUUAAUUAAGGGUGUGUUCUCUUGUAAUAAUGGGAGAAAAAUAAAGUUGUAGUAGCAAUAUAGUUUGUCUGUUACGUACUACAUGUAACUCAUGGCGAAGAACGAGAACGUAAUUAUGUAUGUAGCUUCCGUUUUCUGAACGGAUUGUCAAAAAAGUUUCGUCAGUUUAAA